AUUGCGGACAUAAGAGGUAGCGAAGAUGAGUUCCAUCUGGAUAAGCAAGGCUUUCAGCACGUCAGGGAAUCUUCCGCCGAGAAAGAAUUCGUUGACCUCGACACGAUCAAGAAGCUGUACUACCCAGAAUGUGCGGAGCUGGUGAAGAGGAUGACAGGAGCGAGCCGUGUACACGUGAUGGGCCAUGUCUGCAGACGCCAAAGCUGGGAUGAGUUUCGCGAGAGGACGAAAGCGAUGCAGGACAUGGACCGGACACCGCUUCCCACGACCGCUCGAUAUGUCCACGUGGACUACUCCUACGAUGGCGCGAAGACGAGAUUGGAGUUCUACCUCCCUCAAGAAGCUGAGAAGUUGAGCAAGACACGCUGGGCAAUCAUAAAUGUCUGGCGUCCGAUUGGCAAGACUGUGACCAGGGAGAAUCUCACCAUGUGCGAUGCUCGCUCGGUCGACGAUAGCGAGUUGAGGCCCGUGAUUGCGAGGUUCAGGAGACCUGGCGACGAGGAGAAUCUGACCCCAGUGACAAGAGCGGCGUACAAUAGGAAUGACGUUGAGACUUGGUCCUUGGCACCUCCGUCUCGCGAGGAUCAGCACAAGUGGUAUUACUGCUCGAAGUUGGACCCCGAGGAAGCUCUUCUCAUCAAGAUCUUCGAUUCGAAGAAGACUGGUGUGGCCAGGAGGGCUUUGCACACGGCUUUUACUUGUGAUGAAGAUCACGGUCCGCCAAGGGAGUCUGUUGAGGUGAGGACUUUGGUGUUCUGGGAG